UUCGAUUAACUUGUUUGUUUGUUUUUUUCAUUAAUUUUUAAUCCAUUUAGAAUCUUGAUUUAUUAUAUAAUAACGGGUUUUCUUUAAACCUGCUUUUGUUACUUUCUUGGUGAAUUUUUUAGUGAAUGGUGAUUUAUUUAUGUGAAUUUCAGGGUAACCCCACGUUGAAACUUAAUGGAUUGGGAUCUUUGGGGUCCACCAAAUGAUAUAGUGGCAGAGGAAGGAGGUUUUGAUAAUUCCCCGUGUGACUUUUACUUUGGUUAUGGGUUUGAUGUGAUAGAAGAAGAAGCUCUGAACGAGAAAUCUUGUGUGCAAGUGCUGAGGAUUUUGAUAGAGAAGGCAGAUACCGAAAUUCUUGAAUUUGAACAAGAUUUGUUAUCCUUGCAGACUGAACUAGCUUGGGUUGAAAAUGAAGAUUGGCCUGAUAUAUGUUGUAAUGCUUUGAGAGAAAAGAUUGAUUUCCUUGAUAUUUCAAUAAAAAAUCUGACGAGCAAAGACAAGAAUGAAAUCGAGGUUCGUUUACUAAUGUAUACACAACCUGUUGAGACACUGGCCGAAAUUUUGAAGGUGCUUUUCAGAAAUUACAUCUGCAAAAAGGAUGAGCAGCAUAAGAAUGCCAUUGUCUUGGGUUCAAGCUCAGAUGCUCCACAACAUGCAACCAAUGGUUUGGACAAGGAGAAAAGGUCGAGCAACUGCAAUUUGGAAACAGUUACGAGUGAGAAAACCAAGGACUGCAGCUCUAUUCCAACAGAACAUUGUGCAAUUUUGAAUCCAUCUGUGAAUCUUCAAGGGAAGAAAACUGGCAAUUCGAUGGUCGUGAAGCUGGCAAGUUCUAAUAUCAAAGUCUCCGCCCCAGAGUCUUCAGAAGUGGCACCUGAUUACUCUGAUAAGAAGAAAUCAUUGAGCUUGUGUAUUCCAAGAAGUACUAGGAAAGGGGAUGCCAUAGAGCAUGGCUCAACUCCAGAAGAUGAGAAACUGAUCCAAAGCUUGUCUCCAAAAUCUGCAUAUAAGGGAAGACAUGGUCUAAAACCGGUCAAUGUGGAGCCUACAGAAAAUAGUGCAAGUAAUUCCACUAUAUAUGCUUUGGAAAAUGCAGUCACCCCCUCCUGUAAGGAAAAACUGGGUGAUUCAGAUUCAAUUGCAACUGAAGAAGUUGAAGAACAGAGUUCUAUAUCUACAGCUGAUGUUGUAACCUCAGUUGCUUCUUCAAAGUCUGUGGUGAAGAAAACAGAUCUCAGGAAAAUAGUCAAGCCUUCAAAUACAGCUGCUAAAGAUUUCGGCCCAAGUGGUAAUAGGAAUGCAGCAAAUCACUCCAGAGAGAUGAAAAUGCUGGUGAUGCCUGAUCUGAAAGUAAUUGGAAAUGAAGAAGCCACAGGACUCCAAUCUAGAGCUAGAGGCAAAAGUAAAACUUCGAGUUCAUCUUUAAAUCUGGAGGGCAGAAGAAAUCUUCCCGGAACAGAUGAGCCUGCAGGUGCUAUUCUAAAAACUGUUCGUGCAGAAGCUCUAAGAAGUGCAGCUGGCCUCCAUGGAACUAUAGACAAUUCUGAUUGUGCACUAGGUACUUUUAAACAGGCUAAGGGCAGUAACUCUGGUAUGGAGCAAAAAUUGUCUGAGUUUCCUCCAAAAUCAGCACUGAGACGAACCGUGAAAGAAUUAAAGAUUGCUGUAGCUCAUGAUGUAGUUUCAUUGAAGUCACCUCGGAAGACAAAUGGCCAAAAGAAAACUCCUUUAAUUGUGAAGUUUAGAGAAACCGAUCUAACUGACACUGAAAGUUGUGCCUUGACUUCACUUUUAGAGAUGCAAGAUCACGGAGGGAGAAAUACAGCCAAGCUGCAGCCUGAGGAAGAAAAACCUAUGCUGGUUGAAGUUCAAAUGACUGAAAUUUCUGCUGAUGAGAAAAGGUCGAACUUGAAUUUGUCCUUUAUUCCACAAAAAGAAAAGGGAAAGAGGCAUAUCAAGUCAAAUCCACCAAUUCUCCAUAAGAUUGGUUUCUCCGAACUGAUACUUAGAAGUUCAUCUUCUAUUUCUGAAAGCAAUAAGAAACGAAAAUCUGGAGCUGGCCCACAAAAUGCCAGUCUAAACCAGACUUUGAGUAGAAAGAUCACAAAAAAAGCAGCAAGGCCUGACAAGGUUGAAGCUAGAGAACACGGCGCUGAGACUUAUAAUUCCCCGAAUUCAGUAUCAGAGCCUCAGAAGAAAAAAAAGGUACGUGUAAAUUUUCCACUCCCUUUGGGGACUGAAGAUCCAGCCGUUCAAAUGGAUUUAUCUAGUUCACAUGGGGACACAAUUGACGGUGCAAGCAAGGAUGACCUUUCAGUUGAAGAGUCUUGCUCAAUCUGUGAUUCCAGUUCGAAGGUUGUGGCAUCAUUUUCUUCUGCUAUAAGCACCUUGAGGGACUUGCCUUUAGCUGAACUGAGGAUCAUUGCAGGCCGACUUAAACUAACCAAAUUCAGUAAGCUUCGGAAAGCGGUGCUACUUGAACAAAUAACAGAGCGUCUCGUUAAUUGAAGAGCAUCCAAGUCGUACAUAUCACUAGCCGUCUUUCUUCUCAUUAUUUGCUUCCUUGUCCAUGUUUUUGUAGGUUUCUCUUUGGACCAUGUUUGAAUGGCUCCACGGGUACAAACCACUGCAUAACAGACCAAAGGUAUGCCGCAAUACCACAAUGACCGAGCAC